AUCUAACCAAACAAAUGAUGGAAAUAAUAGUUCAGAGGCCGUUAUGCAAACUGAACGAUUCUUUACGCAUGAAGGUGGGGAUGCUGAUAACAAAGCUAAUCCAUCUGAAAAUGAUUGUACACAAAGAAAGUGGAAGUACUGUUUCAGAAACUGUGCCAAAGUCACAUGACCAAGAUGCCACAAAUUCUCAGGAAACCAGACCCAAAGUACACAGCGAUGAUAUUCCGACGACAAGUGCACAUUCUGAUAUGAGAGUGGAGUUCACAAAAGAGUCAAAUCAAAUUGAAGAUGAAGGAUUCGGUAUUGAACCAGAUGAGAAUGGAGAAUACACAGUGAAAUCAACUGAUGACGAUAAAGUGUAUGAAGAUGUUGAUCAUAAUGAAGAAGAUCCAACAGGGACAUCUGGUGAUCAUGAUAAAUCCUCUGGUAAGAAAACAAAAAAGAAAAAAGAUGUUCAGGAAAAUCAAGAUGACGGAAAAGAGAAGGAACCAUUACUGAAGGGUCAAGACAGAAAAUCAACUGAUAAGAAAAGAAAAAAGAAGAAAAAAUCUAAAGACAUUUUGCAAGGACAGGAUAAUCAAAAAGAAAAGAAACCAUUAUUAAAAGGUCAUGACAAUACAUAGCAGAUGGAAGAACUUUUUGUUGACUUCUAUUUUAUUCUGAUAUACUGUCCUCCAUAUAUGUCAACCGGAAGAUUAAACCUGCAACAACUUUGACAAUCAAUAAUACUUGGAAGUCUAAUAACUAAUAAAAACUAAGAAUUACAGGCAUUGUUUUUCCGCCACAUAGGUUCAAUAUGGUUAUAGAUGGCUCAACUGCUCAAUAUUGUGGGUAUUACAUAAUGCAUAGCAUGAAAAUAUGUUUACUGCAGUAACUGCUGUUCAAAUGCGUAAUAAAUGCAACCAAUCAUAGAUCAACUGUAUCUCAGCAAUGGGAGCAGUAUAAACACUCCUAUUCAUCAAAAGUACCCAUAAUUUGAAACAGUGACUCAAGUGUCAUUUUAGUUUUUCAAGAUUAGAAUGAUUAUUAUUUUUACAUCUAUUUUUUGAUUUUUUUUGUGGCAAAAAGCACUGAUACCCUCCAUUUAGGAGAUUUUGUCAAGGCUCAAUUCUUGGAGUUUCAUUUUUUUGUCUUGUAAAUGACCUCCCCAAUUCUUCUCACAAAACUGUGUGCGGAUGACACUGGAUUGUCCACUAGCUCCCCUUCUAUGUCAUUAUUCCAGGCAAAUAUAAACAAUGAACUCAUCAAAGUUCAAAAUUGGAUGGCCUGUAAUAAAAUGUUGAUUCACAUUGCUAAAUCAAUAUUUCUCAUAAUUGCUCCAAACAUUCCAUCCAAAUCUUCCGUUUUUCAGGUCACAAUUGACAAUCAACUUAUUUGAAGAGUAGAAUAUUACAAAUACCUAGGCAUAUAUUUUGAUGAAAACCUAAACUGGAAUAAACAUAUUUCAGAUUUGUUAAGAAAAUUAUCACAGGCUAUUGGAAGUUUGUAAACUUCUUCUCACUCGAGUUCUUUGUAUGAUAUAUUUGCCCUCUUCCAGUCUCAUAUUCAGUAUUGAUUUGGUUGCAUGGGGAUACUCUGAUACUAGCAAAUUGUCAAAGAGAAUAGAAGUUUUACAAAAUAAAGCUGUAAGAAUAUUAUCUAAUUCUUCACCCCAUACUAGUUGUACUUUUUUAUUUGUCAAACUAAAAGUACUCAAAUUCAAGGACUUGUCUCUCUUCGAAGUUGCAAAUAUAAUGCAUCAAUACUUAUAAUAUUUAUUACCAAGAGCUUUCGAUAAUUAUUUCACAGCACAGUCUUAUGUACACAGCCAUCACACCCGAUCAUCAUCCCAAGGAUCUCUUUUUAUUCUUAGAUGUAUGUCGAAGCGAGCGCAGGGCACUCUGAGAUACACUGGCGCAAAAAUUUGGAAUGAUUUACCUUCUAGGGAUAAAAAUUUAACAUAUUCAAAUUUUAAAACUUGUUUACGCAGUUACCUACUCUCCUUAUAUUUUUCAUAAAUGUGUAUUGCUUUUGCCCGAUAUAAUAAUUUUAUGAUUGCACUGACUCCUAGACAUGAUUGUGAAUCUUUACUAUUUUUUGUCUUGUUCAUAAAAGUAUUCUUACAUUCAUGAAGUAGUCUUCUCUCUUUAACCACCGGUAUGAGUACUGGUUAGGAUUUACAUAUUUAUCUCGGGGGAUAGAAAAACUUGUUCAAUCGGUUGAGUAGAUUUCAUGAAUUUGCUUGCAGUACUAGGUAUUAUA